AUGGCGUUGUCGAUGCCGCUGAACGGGCUGAAGGAGGAGGACAAAGAGCCCCUCAUCGAGCUCUUCGUCAAGAAUAAAAAAUCAUCUAAUUCUGACCCCUGUUUGCCCAACAGGAAGCCAGCAGACCUGCAGAACUUGGCUCCUGGGACCCACCCACCAUUUAUAACUUUCAACAGUGAAGUGAAAACAGACGUUAAUAAAAUUGAGGAAUUUCUUGAGGAAGUCUUAUGCCCUCCCAAAUACUUAAAGCUUUCGCCAAAACAUCCAGAAUCAAAUACUGCUGGAAUGGACAUCUUUGCCAAAUUCUCUGCUUAUAUCAAGAAUUCACGUCCAGAGGCUAAUGAAGCACUGGAGAGGGGGCUGUUGAAAACACUGCAGAAACUGGAUGAAUAUCUGAAUUCCCCCCUCCCUGAUGAGAUCGACGAGAACAGCAUGGAGGAUAUCAAGUUUUCCACACGGAAAUUUCUGGAUGGUAAUGAAAUGACACUGGCUGAUUGCAACCUGCUGCCCAAGCUGCACAUCGUCAAGGUGGUGGCUAAAAAGUACCGCAACUUCGACAUCCCCAAAAGCAUGACAGGCAUCUGGAGGUACCUGACCAACGCCUCCAGCAGAGACGAGUUCACCAACACCUGCCCGAGCGACAAGGAGGUAGAGAUCGCCUACAGCGAUGUCGCCAAAAGACUGAGCAAGUAAAGCUGCGCUCGAGAGACGGCUCCAGACCCCUCCUAAGCGCCUGCUUUCCUCACGGACUGUUCUUCCGUCUGCAGUAGAGAUGCGUUUUGCAUGAACACGCAGUUACUCAUGAUUAGAAUCAGGAUAGACAAGGUGCAGUAGUUGAAAACACACUCCUAAGCAGUAUUAUUGUCCAGUCCCACCACCCCUGCCCACAGCCUCCGUCCUCUGAUCUGGAGACACUCCAUCUGAAGCUUGUCUGUUCACAGAGUGCAAUGUGUUACUUAAAUAGAAGCCAUGAUGUCAGUCUCCUCUCCCCCCCCCCCCCCCCCCCCGCCCUCCAGCCCUGAUGGUUCUGGAAUUUCCUUAGAGCUUGAGAGAGAGGAUGGCUGCACAGGCCUUAGUGGAAAGAGCUGGUGCCCAAGCCACGCGGGCUCUGCCUGUGCGGAGCCUCUCACCGCCCAUGCUGCCCCCGCCCCGUGACGGGGGCUGUGUGCCGAGAGGGGUGGCGGCACUGCCAUGGUCAGGAAAUCGCAGCCACCUUGGUGUUGAAAGCUGCUUUUCAGGCCUCGUGGGCGCACAUGCCGGACAGCCAUUGCCUGAGCUCCAGCUGGAAGUGGUGAGGUGCGCAGAGAUGAACUUCAGGUGAAGUGGAGGGGGUGUGGCGAAGCAUAUUUCCGUAGCUAACUUAAAUCAAGCCUGUCCUCCCUCCCUCCCUCCCUCCCUUCCAGUGGUAGUUGCUUUGCCCAGUCUCCUCCAGCGUCGGCCAGCCCGUGGGGGAGAGGCAUUUCUUGUUGAGUUGAGAUCUAGUCCAGAGAUGCAUGUCGCAUGAAGUGGAGCUUGGUGAGGCUCACUGUGUUCUUCCCAAAAUGAACUAAGUUCCGCUCUAAGGACUGGGCGUGACUGCACGUGGUCGCGUGACGAUGAGUGCAUCUCACAGAGCGUUGUCUUGAGGUAUAGCUCUAGGAUGGCGGCGCCCCCCUGUGCUGCAUGGGCAUCGGCGCCUGGCUUUGUGGUCGCGCUGCCUUUCUACCCUGGCAGCGAGGAGUGUGGAACAGCCACAUGAGCAAACUCCAGCUUGUGUCCCUUUGGCCUGGUCAUGGCGAACGGCCUUAAAGUGUGAGGAGGGGCCGGAGAGGGGCUAUGAACGAACGGGACCCAGUGGGCUGGGCGCCUCUGGAGAGGAAGCUAUGCUCCUCACAAUGGCCAAAUUCCCUGCACAGCAUUUCCACUUAGGUAUUUCCCCUCCUCCUGGCGUCUCCUUUACCGGUGACCCACUCGUGCUGGGGAGGCGGUGUGGGCACUGCCACAGGCUGGCAUUUCCCUGUGGGAGGAGGUGUGCUGCGCACGGCUGGCUGUGUGGAGGAAGGAAGGCCCUGCAGCUCGCAGCAUGCGCGCGUGUGUAUGUGCGUGCGCGCACACGUGCGUGUGUGCACGUGGGGGCGGGGCCAGGAGGUUGCCGUCCACGGAGGGAAAGCUCGCCAGCUCCUCUGCCCUCCGGGAGCACAGCACAGUCAGAGUCCAAGUCUCAUUUCCUGAGGGUACUGAGGUUUCUUUAAUUAAGCAUUUGGAAAGUCCUUUACUGUUCCAGUUGAUAUUCCCCCCCUUU